AUACUUGUUUAUCAUACAUGUUAAAAAUGUUGUGUUACACAAUCACAGCAGGACAAAAACGUGUAAGAUUUUAUAUUUAUGCAGUGUGUAAUUAAAUAGGUUCAAGGAUUGUUGUGUCUAAAUCUCCUUAAUCCAUGUAAAAGUGUAUUAAUCAUCAGAGUUUAGUCCUGAGUAAACAGAUUAUGCACCUCAUUCAUAAGACCUGCUGGUUCAAAGAAUUAAGUAGUAGAUUAAUCUUGCAUUUGAUCAGUAAAUGGAAUAUGCUAUAUUUUUUGGUUAGUCUCUGAUCAAGCCUAUACAGUACAUAUACCAUCAUGCUAUACACUCAACUAUACGUCAACUAUACGACAACUUAUGUCCUCCAAUAAUAAUUAAUGAAACAAAACAACAACAGAAACUGCUGUUUUUAUACUGACACCAAAGACAGGACAAAAAUAUAUGGAAGAAUUGAUAAAAGCAACUGACUAAAUCACUAAAAUUGAGAACAUGCGUGAACGAGGGCAUAUAAACUCAUACUCUACAGAGUUUAAACCAGGGGUUGGCAAGUGACCGACUUGAGGUUUGGUGGCAGCCCCUCUGAGUUUCUUUAUAAAUGUAUUACAUUUAAAAAAACAUUAAUUAGAUCUGCCGUCUUGGCACUUGCACAGUCAGCUUCUGUGUUGUUGUUGCUGGAGUGAUUUUUCUGUCAGUGGUUGCUAGGCAACAUUUCCAAGGCACGCAGCCAACGUCAUGUGGAAGUACGUAAUCCAUGCUUAUGCAAUAACCGUAUGCGAAGUGCUGAGCCAGCGGAACGACAAAUUUGUCUUUCGAAAAAAAUCAACUACUUCAACCGCUGACACAAGUGGCAAUAGCAGUUUGAGUGCCACUGUGAGUACUAGUGCCAGUGGCAAGGAUGCAUCAACGGAAAAGCCAGUGUGCUUACUGUGUAACGAGUUUGUGAUUUGCAAGACAUAUAAUGUGAAAAGACAUUUAAAAAAUGUUCAUGGGGACUUUUCCAAUAAAUUUCCGACUGGCAAUGAUAGUCGUAAAGUGGAAGUCGAGCGACUGAAACAAUGCCACCAGAAACAAAAAACAGGCUUGAGACAAUUCAUGUCAGAACUCGAGCUAACAGCCCUUGCAAGACGAGUUGGAUUCUUGCAAGAAAUAAAAAAGCCUUCACUGAUGGAGGCAUUGUUAAAGACUGCAUAGUUAUAUGUGUGGAGUUAAUUUCGGAAAAUCUCCACACUAAAGAAAAAGACAAAAUCUGUCAGUUGGCAAAAAAACAUCCCUAUCAGCGAGAAAACAGUUGCAUCACGUAUAAGGGAAAUGGCCAAGGACGGAGAGGCAGCUGAAAGAAGAACUUCGAGUGCCUGUCUUUGAGUGUUGCUUCGGAUGAAUCAACUGACAUAACAGACAUUGCACAACUGUGCAUUUGGGCGAGGUAUGUGACAAAAGACGGGGAAAUUAAAGAGGAGCUGCUUGCUCUGCACCCAUUGAAAGACCGCACAAGAGGUAAGGACAUUUUUAUACCUUCCUUCAAGUUGUAGCAAGGUUCGAUCUUGAUUUGCAAAAACUCGCCUCUUGCACAACAGAUGGUGCUGCAGCAAUGACGGGCUGUACGAUUGGAUUUUUGGCUUUGGUGUGAAAGCACUUGUCUGAGGAAUUGCAUUCAUACCACCAAUUACUUGCUUUUCAUUGCAUUAUCCACCAGGAGAGUUUGUGUGUGCAAACGGGGUGUUCUGACUCAUUGCGAGACUGCAUGGACAAGGUGAUCAAAGUAGUGAAUCUCAUCCGUGCAUCAGCUUUGAGUCACUGGCAGUUUCUUGAAUUUUUUGUACAAGGUUGAUGCACAGUAGAAGGAAAUCAUUUUUCACGCCGAGGUACGUUGGCUCAGCUGGGGGAACGUAUUGAAGAGAUUUAUAACUCUGUUGCCACAUGUGAUCGAGUUUUUGAAAGAGAAACAGAAAUUCUCCGGGUUCUCAGACCUAUAAAAUGAUGCUUGGCUGAGGGAUUUGUACUUUCUGAUGGAAAUUACAGGGCACUUGUGUCACUGCAAGGAAUGGAGAAAACAAUCUCUAAUGUGGCCAAACGUCAGACACUUUUUCCAGAAACUGGACUUGUUCAUUGAUCACAUGGCAGAGUCUGACUAUACCCACAUCCAGCUGAUAAUGGCAAGUCUGACAACGAGCGCUAUGUGGCAUGGCUGAAAGAGCUUCAAACUAAGUUUUCACAGCGUUUCCAGGAUUUUGACAGAAUGGAUCUGCUAUUCGCUCUCCUCAAAGAUCACUUGUCUUUUGCCAGCAAUUUGAAAAUGACUUCCUUUCACUGCAAAGCUCUGGUGACACUGCCAAAUCAGAUGUUCUGAGCACCUGGUGCAGCAUUCUUCAAGCAGAGGAUUAUGCUCAAGUCAGAGCAGUUGUUGCAAGGAUUUUGUCAACCUACCUGUGCGAAGCCACCUUUUCCACAGAGAAUGUCCUUAAAUCCAAGUACAGGAGCAGACAGAAUGAUACAAAUCUGGAAGCCCAACUCCGCUGUGCCAUGAGUAAUACACUUACCCCUUUCAGUCACUCGUGUAGAGCAAGGGUGCUCCGUUUUUGCACUGACCGGUAAUUUCAAGCACUUUUUACCAGAGACAAUGGUGAGGUUUUGUUUUGUUUUGUUUUUCUAUGAAGGUAUAUGCAGGCAUUUUUGUUUGUUUUAAUUUAAGAGAAAUGUUUUUUUCUUCCCCUUGCUGGGAGCAAAACAAUUGUACAAUUUAAUAAUCACAUGUAAUGUUAAAUGGGAAUAGAUUUAAACCUGCAUUUGUGUGUUAUGGCUGCUUUUGGUGGGAACCCACGUACCUUCAAAAAUAGUAUUUGCGCACUAAAGUUUUUAUUUUUUUCUUUGAGAAAGAAGUAAUAGGCAGCUAGUAAAUCUAAAUGAAACCCAUUUAUACAGUUAGUUAUUUAUCUUUUCUGUUGCACAGAUUUGUGUUAAGCACUGGUUGAAUUCUGUGUGGUUUUACAUUGUGAAUUCUGUGUGGUUUAAUAUUGUUAACUGAAAAGAUGAUAGCAGCGGUAUAGCGGUAAUGUCUUUGUUCAAAUAAACAAAUACAGUAUAAUUGUACUCCAUGCUUUGCCCAGUGUGUUUCUGUAAGUUCGUUGGUAUUGUGCAGGUAUGACAACCUGAUAACUGAGUUAAAAAUUGUUCAGUUUUGUAGGUGGCGGCCCAUGGUUACGUUGAGGUUGCCAACCCCUGGUUUAAAUUAACUGUGAUCGAACUGUUGGAAAAGGACGAGAAGCUUUCGGAAAUACUGAUGGACUCCAGUGGUUCAAUAUUAAUAAGAAAGCAUCUUCGAAAUGAAUUGGAUAACUUCUCUGAGCACUUUAUGUAGGCUAUUAUAACAAGGAAGAUUGUAUUCUUUCUGAAUGUAUGUUCAUCGGCAAUGUAGUGGGGGAAAGAAUGGCUAGUUUAUUUUUAUUUUUUAAUACCAUGUGAGCGGAGCGUGCCUAUUUUGUCUGGAGCGGGGGAGCAGAGUGGAAUCGCAAGCAGUGGAGCAGAAUGGAGAAAAGAGCGGAGCAGAGGAUAUUAUGAGCGAGUACCUGUGGGCAGAGGAUCAAAAUCCAACGUGUGCUGAUGAACUGUCCAGAGAUUGUGACCAUUGGCUUCGUUUGGGACACAGAGAACUCUGAUCUCACUGAGGAGGUUAUUCGGUCUCUUGGGCCACAUAUAUAUCUCUCUGGGCUUUUCUACAGAGUCACAGAUGAGCAGGCAAAAAGGAGUGAACUGCACCUUGUUGGAAUGAUCUGCUACUCCAGUAGACACUACUGUGCCUUUGCUUAUCAUACCAAAUCUUCCAAGUGGGUCUUCUUUGAUGAUGCCACUGUUAAAGAAGUUGGAUCCAAAUGGAAAGAUGUGGUUACUAAAUGCAUACGAGGCCACUUCCAGCCACUUCUCCUUUUCUAUGCUAACCCUGAAGGAACUGCAGUAUCCACAGAGGAUGCACUCCAGCAGGCCACUUUGUGGUCUCAUUAUAAAUCUCUAAAUGGGGACCUUUCAGAUAUAACAGCUAAGAAGCUAUAUCUUCAAAAUGAAAAUGGAAUUGGGCCAUUUUCAAACCAAAGCAGCUUCAAACAGAAAUUGCAGCACACUUCAAGUUCAGGAUCCAGCAGUGGGAAUGGACAAACAAAUGGUGGCCGAGUGCAAGUGAAAAUCAUCCCUGGUGAUCCAAAGAGUAAAUUCAGAGAAAUCUCCAAAGAAUGUGCACAGAAAGCAGGAGAGGUCAGAUCGCAGAAGAAGGAAUUUGAAAGAGGUCAGAGAAGACAGGACUCUGGUAGACACACAGAUAUGUUUCCAGACAGCAGGCCGUACUGUAAGUCUGCCUCACCACCUACAGAAAAUGGAUUUAAACAAUAUAUAGACCAACGGUUGUACAGUAGCCAGGGAAAAGGGUCUUCCUGUCAGGCCCGAUCUUCUCUUGAACCCAGGUUGCCAGCCAGUAGGGUACAGGUACUGCCAGGCCUCCCAACCCACAGCAAGUCCCGGAAUGAGUUUACCAGUGGUUACGACACAGACAGCAGCCUGGAGUCUAGAGAGAGGCGUGGUGGGAGCCGGAACAAGAGCAGAGCCUGGAAGCCCAUACGAGAAACUCUCAAUGUCGACAGUAUUUUCAACGUUACUGAAAAACGGCAGCACAGCCCAAGACGCAAGCUCCCAAAUGAAAAUGAGAGCACGCAGUACGACAGAGAGCACCUCUUUAACCACUGGCCGAAGGAGGAACGGAAGCAGAAGAGUCUAAUGACCAUCUACGAGGAUGAGCUGAAACAGGAAACGGGAAGCAAGAGCUCGCUGGAAUCCGAAGGCAAAGGGAACACUGACAAAGAAAAAACAAAGGGUGGGGUGAACCUUAAGGUCCGCAAUGACAACUGCCAGAUGCAGAGGACUGAAUCUGGGUAUGAGAGCAGCGACAGACUAAGCAAUGGCUCCACUAACCUUGACUCUCCCGUUGUAGAAAACUUUAAAUCUAAGGAGCUGAAAUGUAUUCCAGAGGCUAAGCAUUCCAGGGACCAACUCCAGCCAAUGAAUGCUGAUUUCCAGACUGACAACAUGCAUUCCUCUGUUUCUUAUGGUGCUUCGGAGAAGGAUUACAGUCCUCAAGAUAUAUACUUGCAGAAACCUAGUCCUUGCUCACAAAGAAGACAUGCAUUCAGAAAAAGUUCUGACCAUACUGGAAGGACCUUUUUCUCUGAUGUAGAUCCAGUGUUCUUGGAACAAACAAGAUCAGAAGGGGAACAUGGUGGAAGUUAUAAAUAUAGAAACACCUCACACCUGCAGUAUGGAGAGAAAACACGCAGCACAGAAUGGAACAGUGCAGAUGUGCCGUCAGACUCCGAGUACACAGGUAGUGAUAAAAAUGAAACUGCAAGUCCUACUUUGCCACUGAAGUCUGCCGUGACUUCUUCACUAGUUUCUGGACAUCCCGAGCAUAAGGACAUAAGGACUGCUGUGCCUAGAACUGACGCUACAUAUGCAGUCAGUAGUGUGCCUAGGAGCCACUCAGAGUUCAGUCCUGUUCAGAUUCAUGGACAAAUUGCCACUUAUGGUUUACAGAAAAAUGAGAACUAUGAUGUGUCACAAUCCUUCUCUCAAAAUGUUGGGCCACCACUGUCUCCAAAGAAUUAUGCACGAAAAACAUGGCUGCAUUCUGAAAAUAACAGGUCAGCAUUCAACAGAAGACCAUCAUCAAUGGAUCCUUUAGGAAGUAAUCCUUAUGACAUGUCCAGAAUUUUAAGAACACCUCCGCAGAAGUUUAAGUUUGAAGAUAGCCACCAAUUAAACCACAAACGGUCUGAAGUGGCCGUACAACCGAAACAGUGUAAAUCUGGGUUUUACGGUCAGGGGAGGUUGGAUUUGUCUGAAAGUGUCACCGACAACAAACCAAAACCUACUGCCAAUUCUAAGGAAUCAAAUGAAGGUGUUAUGCUGACUACAUAUUUUUCUGUAGACAGCUGUAUGACGGACACUUACAGGAUAAAAUACCAUCAUCAGAGGUCCCCGCUGUACAUGAAAGAUGGCAGUGCCCGGGUCAGAGGAGAACAAACCUCUUCUAGUGACAGUGAAUUAGGAGAUGCAAGCCACCCAGAUCCUCACGAGCUAACAGGCUAUGCAGUGAAUAAACCAACUGCAAGAUGGAAUCCAGUGACUCCCAGAGGAAUGAAUGAAAAGGGAUAUUUCUGAAGGGAAGUGGACUUUUUAAACUGUCCAUGUAAAAG